GUGCGCGCUACCGGCGGACUCGCGUAAGGUAGAAAAUGGCGAGUACAUUCAGGCGAAGAAUUUGCACCAACGAGAAUCGCGGAUUUCGUCAGGAUUUGUAUUCGUGGCGGUCUAAUCUCAUUGCUUGUGUGGUGUUCUAGUCAGGAUGAGAGUCAGGCAUCGCAAACCAGAUGCUUAAGUUUUCUCAAACCUUAUGGGUUUUCUAUCCUUGACCAGGUGUUGAGAAGCUUGUGGAGUUACUUGAGACAAGAAUCUUAGAAGAACUAACUCCGUUUAAAGAUUAUAAGCCUGCAAGUGAGUCAAAUUGGUCAUUUGAUGAAAAUUGUCUUUUCUGCUGCUUAAGACGAGAGAAAGUGAAGGAACAUGUAAUUGCACUCAAUAACAAAAUUGUGAAAAGUGGAGGCAAACCUUUACUUGGCAAGGAUCAUUGUAACAUCAAAAGACUUGAGUGGCAAGUUGAAGAAUUCCUCAAUGCAGCCUUGCACAGGAAAGAGUACAAACCAAGGAUCCCGGACCCUCACAUCCCAGUGGUGGCUCGUCAUACCAUGCAACAAAUGAUCAAUCAUUUAGUUGUGCAUAUUACCUCAGAUAACAGCUCUCAGGACUCGCCGCAGCACAAUGGCAUGGACCAAAGCCUGCUGAAAACUCCUUCUAUCCCAUCACCCAUCGCUGUUGCUACAUCUACACCAACAGCUGCUGCCUCUACACAAAAUCCUGUCCUCAGUAAGCUCCUCAUGGACGACCAAGAUGCACCUCUGGACCUUUCAGUCAAGAAAGUCAGACCAGAAAUCCAUGAACAAGAUUGUGUUUUGGAUCUUUCAAUCAAGAAGAAUCGUAGCCCAGACAGCAUUCUUCUCGGAAGCCCUCAUGCUAAUUUGACAACACCAGUUGUAAAAAGGCAAGCCUCAUCAUCCACAUUGGAACAGUUUAUGGCUAAGCUGUGUUUGCAUCACCAGCGGCAGAUUGUUGACGCCUUUGGAUUCUUGCAAAGUGAAAUAAAGGCUAUGAGUUCCUCCGGUGAAGUGCAAGUGUCCACACCAGUGGUCCCAGAAAAACCAAUAAGUGCAGACUGUGCAGAAAAAAGGUCAGAGAUUCAAGGUACUGAAGAAACUUUGCCUCUAACAAGAGAGACAAAUGGGGGCCAAGAAUCACUAGUUUCCAAAAAUAAUGAAGAUUCACCUGCAGAACAGGAACUGAAAACUGAUGGGCCCUUGAUUGCAUCAAUCAAGAAUGGAUCUUCCAUAGAUCAUAAUGAGACUGAUAUUGGAUAUAAUGAUGUUAUUGAAUGUAGUAGUCCAAACAUUCAGCCUAAGUGUCCACCUCUACUGAUUGUGAAAAACACCUGUGGUAACCUUGAAGCCAAAAAGUUGACUGAGGCUGACUCAAUCAUUCAAGAACCUAAUACUGACACUUUAGAGCAGGGCCGAUCUGCUUCUGACGUGCAGUCACACAUAAAUAGCAUUGAUUGCGAUACUGUUGCACCGUCUACAUGUUCUACAAGUCAUGGACACACUGACCCUAAAUGCCUUCCUGUACUUAGCAAUGAUACUCCUGAAAAAUCCUGCUCAAUUCAAAGGACCACAAAUGUUGUUCCACCAAGUUCUUCAAGAACAGCCAAGAAAAGUAGCAGAGGCUCUCAUUCACACCCCAGGCUUGGCUCAAUAGGACACACUUUAAAUGAUCCUGAUAUUAAAUAUGACAUUGUCUAUGUAGGGAAACCAAUUACUGAAUGUACGCUUCAAACUCGGAAUCAUAUGCUUCCAAGGAAAAAUGCUAGAAAAAGCACAAGAGGGCAUAAGAGUUUUGGGGAUUGCUGGGAGAUAAAAACAGUGCGAACAUUGGCACCCAAGUCUGCUCAGAAUGUUGGUGGGAUUUAUCCUGUUCCUAUGCCUGAGAUAACAACAUCAAUCACUCCAAAGCAGGCUCUUGCUAGACCCGAUGGCUUACCUGAUAUGACGGUACCUUUUGCCGGGGAUUGUAUGGAAACUGUGAUGAACAAAAACCUGACAGAUCAGUCAGUGGUGACAGAAAUUCCAGGAGAUGUUGUUGAAAUAACAAGUGAGGAUUUCAUUGUAGAACCUAGUCAAACAGGUCAAACUCAGCAAAACGUACAAAUUCCCUGUCUACUUUCAGAUGAGGAAUGUGAUCCAGUGCAGCAGGACUCUAAUAGGGGUAUAUGUGACAUCUCAGACAAUAGUGAACGAACUCCCAAUUCUACCAUUUUAACUGAAACAAUUGAAGUAGAAACUAUAGAAACAAAAGAAACUAUAGAUGCCCCUGCAUCGAGUGUGAUCUUGGGUGGCAUAGAAACCGAGGUCCAUGGUCAAAGUCUAGCCAUGGAGGCAUUGCUAAACACAGACACCUCAAGCAUAGAAAAUGAUACAUCUGAGGCAGAAGGUUUGAGAGCAGGAGGUGAUUUGAAGUCCCCAGAAGAGAUGAAAUGUUUAAGAAAACAGGUACAGGCCUGUACAGAUAACAGCACAAAAUUACAAAAGACUUGUGAAUCUGAGGCAGUGGAUUCUCCAAAUGCAGAUGAAGUGGAGUCGAAGAUGUCUGCAGUAGUGGUUGAGGAAAUUACUACAAAAGACCAACUUGAAGAACAGAGGGAAGGUGUUUCAGAAAAUGUUUCUCCAAAGAAGGGUGUUGCUAAACAUGCCAUCCCUUCAGAUAGGUGUUUGCGAAGUGGUGUCUCAAAAAUUGUAUCUGAACAAACCUCUGGCUCUGACAUUUCAGAGCAAACAAAACUAGCUAUCCAUGAAAAUAUUCGAGAGUCUAAACAGUCAUUGAUGUCUUCUAAAUUUAAGCACACUGAGGAAAAUGUGCCAUGUCAGGGAGGUCAAUAUAAUGUAGAGGUCACAGAUUGUAAUCCUGAGAAAGCUCAACAGUCUCCAGUCGUCAGACAGGAUGACAGUAUUGGUAACAAAGUGUGCACAAGACAGAAUCAAAGGCUAAUGAUGGUGAAGAAAAUUGAGUCCAAUGAGCAGAAUGCACAAGAGAUAAACCCAAAUGAAGGCCAAGCUUGUACUGUGAAUAAUAUUCCUCAGAACGAGGUGAAUACUCCUACACAGAGUGCUGAAUCUCCUGUAAAGAACAGCUCUGGGAAAUCCAUAAAGGUUUCUGAAAAAAUGCCUCUUAGAAACAGGAACAGUCAAAGUGAGCAUUCUGUUAGCACUGCUAACUCUUCUUCACCUUCCAAAAAUAUUCCACACACCCCUGAACGAAUGCCUUUGAGAAGCAGAAAUGGCAUUACUACUGAUCAGCCUGUGGAUGAAGAUUCUUGCAGUUCCCCCACUGCAGGUCCUAUAGCGAAGAGUGGACGAAUGACUAUGAGAAACCGGAAUAGCGGUUUUGCUGAGCAGACUGCCGGCAAAGAUUCCUGUGUUUCUCCAAAUACGAGCGGUUUAGACAGUGUGACACGCAUGCCAUUGAGAAGUAAAAACUGUAGUGCAGUCAAUCGCCAUAUCGGUGAAGGGUCCUCUGAUUUAAUCAAGGAUGCAUCGAGUGCCAUCCCUGAGCCAUCCCGUGUUGAGGACACUGGUGUUACAAGUAAGAAAUUGGCAAGCACUGGACACAUGCCUCUAAGAAGUGGAAGUGGUCUGUUGACAGAACAAUCAUCUACCUGCAAUUCAAUUGGUUCAGAUGCUGGUGCUGUCUCAGAGAGCCCUGGGCGCAUGUCAUUGAGAAGAAGCAAUACUUUUAGUGCCGACAAACAGGAUUGUUUACCAAUACCUUCCAAGAGCAGAAAGCUUUCUCCAAGACUUCCAAAGACCCAUAGAACAUCUUUACUGUCCUUAGUCCAUAAGGGGGAGCCCAACAAUAACAGUGCUACUGUCAAGACUGAGAAACUUUUUAACGACCAAAUGAAAGUCUCUUCUAUCCCAGAUUCAUUUACGUCAAUUAACUUACCAACUACCAGUCGUACAACCCCAAGUCCAUGCAAGUUUUUGGAGGCUUUAAAUGAGGAAACAAACCAGCAUUUGAUUUCAGAUUUAAAUAGUAAAUUUGAAAAGAUGCAAAAAGGGUGGGUUCAAAUGGACAAAGAAGGACAGCCUGCACCAAAACCAAAAAAUAAGUCAGACAGACUAAAGGAAAUAUGGAAAAGUAAACGAAGAAUUAGGAAACCAAGAUCAUUAGAACAGCAGAAAUUUUCUCCUGUACAAAUGUUAUUUAUGAAAUCAUUUGACCUUCCUAAUAUCUGCCGCUGGUUUUUGCAGUCAACAGAAACAAAAUCUCUUGUUAUUGUAAAGAAGAUUAACACAAGGCUUCCAUCUGAAACGCAGCUGGGUUUUCAGACCUUCCCUUCCAUGCCGGAGUCCUCCGAUGGAGUAUUUCCAAGUCUUCAAGCUGAACGCUUAAAAAAGCACCUGAAAAAGUUUGCUAUUGCAUCCCCUGUGAAAAGCAACCCCAAGACCAAAAGGCUAAUUGCUAAAGCUUUAGCCCAGGGUAUUGCUAAGGGUAAAGAAAAACAGGAACCUAGAACUGCCACACGGAUCUCUUCAAAGCCACAGAGCUCUGUUGGAUUGAUGCAGACACAGUCCCUUGAGAACCACAGCAAGGUUGCGGCAAGUGCAAAAAAUCCAGCAAGUGCAAAAAAUCCAGCAAGUGCUAGAAUUCUGAGGAAAUAUUCCAAUAUGCGAGAGAAAAAACAAGUCCAACAAAACUCUUUGAAGAAGUUAAAGAGUUCACUAAUAGAGGUAGACAAUAGUAAUUCACUGACAAAGAAGGUCCCUAAAGAAAGACUAUCCACAAGGAGAGGACAUAAAUCAGCCAUUGUCAAAAAAGCGAAAAGGUUGGCUAAAAAAGCAAAAACGCCGGCUGCAAAACAGAAAAUCCCAAAAGGUGGUGGUAGAGGGUUAAGAUAUUUAAACGCAAAGGGUAGAAUCUCAUCAAAGAGGGUGCUUCCCAGAUUAUUAAAAUCGAACUGUUUAACACCACCUAAAACCACGAGUAAGAAAGAAAUGCUCUUGAAAGCUGAGAAGUCUCCACAACCAAAAACUGACCAUAAGAAGUCACCUCUUCAUAAAAAUGCUGAAAGUUUAUCGUCUCAGUCUCAAAUUACAGACAAGAAACCUCUGUUAUCAGAAGACCAGGUUCUCACACGGUCUCAAAGAAAGAUGGAAGCCACUCUUGCACAAACGGGAUCUCCAAAAGCCUCUACAAAAAGAGGCAUGGAAAGCUCAGUCACACCAGCUAAGCGGACAAGGACAUCGAAGUAAUGAUUAAAGAUGAAAAUAAAGACUGCCUUUGCAGAUGGGUGACGGUGUUUCCACAUGUGAGAAUUGUUUCUGUUCUACGUAGCCGGCUUGCACAGCUUCAUUAUUAAGAAGUAUCAAAAUUGUUUGACUUCCUCCAUUGUCUUUUGUGCAGACCCACAAAACAACUGUGUGCAGAAAUUCACCACAAGGUUCACAACCAAAUGUACAAUGUUUUUAUAAUACACAUUUCUUUAUUAGCUUUAGUGUUGUUAUUAGCCUUUAUUCAAAUGUUUAAUGUUGUGCACUCAAUGUUGCAAAAGUGCUGUAUGUCCAAUUUGGUCAAUCUGUCCAUUCUAACGAAAUGUCGUCUGCACUGGUUGAUUAGAAAUGGCUCAUUAAUAAUUGACCAACUCCAAACCUUCGCCCUAUCACCGAUUAGAGCUUACCUUGAUAAUGUGCCUUAUUAAGUAACUGACUGUUCUUUAAACCAUGGAAUCCUCCAUACAUCAUGUGUCAUUUUGUUUAAAGAUGUCCUUAUGCCCAAGCUAUAUCCAUGAGUUGUUUUCCUAAGCUUGUUUCCUACAGUCACAAUGUUCACUACUUCUAAGCAAUUGAACAUCUUUCUGUAUUCUUUAUUCAGGUUUUCUUUUUAAGGCAAAAUCAAGGAGCAUUAAACUUGAAUGCUUGAUUAUUCUGUAAUUUCUGUUUUGUUACUGUGAUGUUUAUUUUCAGUUUUUCCUGUUACUUUUCGCCUUAAUUGUUUGCUCCGUUAUCUCAUUACUUGCUGCUGAUCUGCUAAACUGAAACUGUAACAUUUGGAUUUGAUUUCAUUAGAGCUUAAUAUAACUAACUCUAACUUAUGGAUAAUUCGGUCACUGGCUUGUCAUAAUGGAAAUAUGUUUCAUUUGUUAACAGGCUCCGUAUUGUACGUUUUUAAUAUGCUUUAAACUAAUGUUUGGAAUGGUCAUGCAGGUUUUCACUUUGCUUUUCCUCGGCUGUUCUGAAGUAAAGAGGAGUCUAGAGCAGACUUACAAAUCAUGUAUCUAUUCAUAAACUCUGUGUGCAGUAGAUGGUUGUGAUUUCUGGGUUCCCAUAACCAUGAUUGCAGUGAGAGAAGAGGAGGAAGAUCUUGUAUCGUCAAACGUAUUCACUUUUGUUUUUUCUCUGAAUUUGAAGCCUAUGCAUGCAAGGUGAUGUGCCUCAGAGUAUCUUCUGUAGAUAUUUCUUAAAACUUUGACUCUUUCAAUAGAGAUACUUUGACCAAAAUGAAAAUGUGACUAAUUGAAGGCUGAUGUCCAGAAAGACAUUUUGUAUUGAGUGCUGGAGUCUGAGUGACUGAAUGUCCUCAGAAUGAACAUGUGAAACUUAACUGUCUACGAUUUAAACCUAUUAUAAAAAUUAUUUACUCCAAUUAUAGAAAUGGAAGUAAGUUUGUAUUUUGGGGAGAGAUUUGGUGGAGCCCAGUCUUUUAAUGUUUUACCAUAGCACAAUUGUACUUUUUUUGUUUGAGUAAUAUCUUGUAAAUGCAAAGGUAUACUGCUUUGGAGUUUUAAUUGAUAUUUAAUGUUACCCUGGGUAUCAUUGACAAAGUUUGAUUUACCCACCAAAUACCAGACUUGAACAUUUUACUUUACUAUUGAUAUUUAUAGUUUUUUGGUUUUGUAUAUUUGGAGAGCACAGGUGUAUUUGUGUAAUGUUAAGAUCCUGCUAAAACUGGUAUAAAUUGUUUGAAUUCAA